GUCCCUUUAUGGUUUCUACAAUAAUCUCGAUAAUCAUGUGAAUUAGUGCAUAUAUUGAAAAAUAGUGAAUGCGAAAUAGUCGAAAAUAAUUACGUGUUCCUAACAGUGAAAAAGAAUCAAUCAAAGGCACGUUCAACAUAAUAAGGUGAAUGUGAUCAUCCAUCAUAAUCUGGAGAAGAAGAAAAAACGGCGCAGUAAAAUACAGUGAACAUAAAAAGUUAAAUAUCGCUGUAAGGAAAAAAAGUGUAAAAAUAUGAAGUUACCAUUUGCCCAAAACAGCGAAGAAACCCCGAGCCUUACACCGGCGAGAGUACCGCCGCCGGCGGCGACAGCAACAUCUACGAAAGGCAUUCCACGAUGAAAAAAACCACCUCCGAACAGCAGUGUCAUGCCAUCAUGCCAAACCGACGACGCCAACAACAAGUGUUCGUUUUGUGUUAAAGUGAAAUUUCUUCAAGUCAGCUAAAAAUAAAUAAUCAAAGCCAUUUGAAAUCUGAACCAAGCAUCGUUCCGCGCUGCUUCCAAGCAGCAUACAUAUACGUAGCAGAAGAAGCAGCAGGUACGCGUGACAGCAAUAACGUCACAUUGACGUCGUAGUGGCUGUGUCUAUUAAUAAGUUGGCGGUGAAGUGCAAUUGUUCGAUCCAGUCGAUCAACGCAAGGAUCAUCGGCAGACUUAUCGAGCACCAACCAAGGAAACGAGGUGCCAUAGCAACAUUCCAACAGCACCGAAAUGACUAUUUCAUAUUCAGCUGAAGUACCUAACGGCAGUAAUUUCGGAUGUUUUUGGCGUAUUUUGUGGAAAUGGCGCGGCAGUGUGUACAAAGCAAUCUGGCGGGAGCUACUAGCAUAUCUAUGUGUAUAUUACACACUCAAUCUUACCUAUCGGUAUGGUCUUAGUGAAGAAGGCAGAAGAGUAUUCGAACGGAUACGAAACUACUGCGGCCAGCAGCGAGAAAAUGUGCCACUUUCCUUCGUGCUGGGCUUCUACGUUAGUCUGGUGGUGAAAAGGUGGUGGGAGCAGUACCGAUUGCUGCCCUGGCCGGACACACUUGCCCUCUUCGUUAGCGCAGCCAUUCAAGGUCAUGACGAAACCGGUCGGUUGAUGCGACGAAACAUCAUGCGCUACAUGGUCCUCGCAUACGUGAUUACACUGCAGAAGAUAUCGCUGCGUGUGAAACGACGCUUCCCAACCUGGCAGCACCUGGUGGAUGCCGGUUUAAUGCUGGAAAGCGAGCGAAAGAUUUUCGAAAUCAUGGACUCCAAGAGUCCCAUGUCGAAAUACUGGAUGCCCCUGGUAUGGGCUACUAAUAUCAUAAACCGUGCCCGAAAGGAAGAACUGAUUCCGUCCGAUCAUAUUGUGCAGACACUGCUGAUGGAACUCUCGGACAUUCGUCGACGACUGGGAGGUCUUAUCGGCUACGAUACGGUGUGUGUGCCGUUGGUGUAUACGCAGGUGGUCACACUGGUGCUGUAUUCGUACUUCACGGCAGCUAUUAUGGGUAGUCAAAUGAUUCCUACGUUCGACGAAAAAACUCACACCUACAUGGAACUGGAUGUUUAUUUCCCACUGUUUACUGCUUUGCAGUUUGUAUUCUACGUAGGCUGGUUGAAGGUUGCCGAAGUACUGAUUAAUCCUUUCGGCGAGGAUGAUGAUGAUAUUGAACUGAACUGGCUGAUAGACAGACACAUCAAAGCCUCGUACAUGAUCGUUGAUGAAAUGCAUGACGAACAUCCAGAGCUGCUCAAGGAUCAGUACUGGGAAGAGGUUGUACCAAAAGAUCUACCCUAUACGGUAGCAUCCGAGCACUAUCGGAGAGAAGAACCUAAAGGAUCGGCAGAGCACUAUGUCGUGAAAGAAUCCGAAGCAGUUUAUGCUAACAUCGGAGGAGGAAAAAGAGCUCCGAACGAGGAGGUGUAUGCAGAUUAUGAAAGCGUAGAUACUCCCAUGGCUGAACGACGCAAAGGGUGGUUCGGUAGACAGAUAACUAGAAUUUCAAUGCGGAGUUCAUCAACUGCGUACUCAUCUGGGGGUUUAUUCAGCCGCAACCGCCACAAUUCAGUUUAUUCUAGUCCCGAGGCUGGUCUUACACAACCGAUAACGACCGGUGCACCCAUGCAGAAGAUUAGCUUUUACGACAAGUUUGUCAAUCGAAAAUCUGGUCGCCAUCCUAGGCAAAUUGUCAAACAAAAUUCCAAGAUAAGCCUGAACGGGUCCGUGAUUUCCAAUGUGCCACCGAGGGCUCGUCCUCGUAUUCCUACUCCAGACGUUGCCAAGGACAGCAAAACACAUCCCCUAGCUGGUAUCACUACCAACUCUGCACAGUUAGAAAAAACAUCUAACAUCGCGUCCGGAGUGGCGCUGAUGGCUACUCAGCUGGCCAACAAUCCGUCCAUUUAUCCAUCGUCGACAACCGCGACGUUGAACAAUAACGACCUACCCGUAGUGGGUACACUGCUACUGGCUCCUAUCAAGGAGCUUGAUUCCAGCUCAGUCACCAAUACUCUACAUGCCGGCCAAUCAGCGACGACGGCUUUGGCCAAGUCUAUUUUGCCAUCCAACAUCAAAAGUUCUGUAUCUAACUUUGCCAAGGAUGGCAAAACGUCACCGACGAGAAAAUCCAAUCCACUAAGCACCAAUACGGUAAUCAUGUUGCCCACCACCAGCUCCGGUGGUUUGAGCGACAGCACGGACAGCGGACCAACAACAGUUCCUGCCGUAUCCGAUGCCAUUCCCAUCUCGAUUUCAGCGAUACCGCUCACGUUUACCGUGACGCCGGUAACCGAGGUCAGUGCCAGUACCGGUACCAUCAUAACCGAGUUGCCAUGCGACGACAGCGUCGGGGUCAGUACCGUGACGUUGAGCAAUGAGAAAAAAGGAACAGCUGGCUCCGAACCGUCGUCAUCCGCCACGUCCACACUAAGCAAACGGAAGCCCAAGCAUAGCGAGGUCUACGUAUGAGUGGACAACGUCCAUUGUUUUACUUCUUUAUCUUUUAUGCUACUUAUUUUAACCGUAUUUAGGAGAUUUUUCAAUUGUUACAUAUUCGACAGAUAAUGUGUAUGGCUUCAGGUGCUGUCACCUGUGCGUACACAGUGAUAGAAAACGAAACAGUAUAUAGAAGAGCAGUUAGCACUUGUUCAAAUACUACGAAACUAAUGACACGAUACAAAACUUUGUUUUUAAAACAGCAUUUCCAUUUACUUGCGCUGUGUAGGUUUUUAAAAUUGUGUAAAUAUGUUUACUAUUUUACCUUGAUGAUGAACAGAUAGUCGAAUGCAAUUAUAUUCAGUUGAGAUAACCUUAGGGAAAUUUAGUGACAAUGUGAAAUACAAGAAUGUUUUAUUCAUCAAAUUCAAGAA